CGAGUUGCACUAAACUGAUCUCUCUCACCAAACAAUUAAGCUCUUACGCGAACCAAGGAAACCAUGAACAAGCUCUGAAUCUCUUUCGUCAAAUGCAUUCUUCUUUCGCAAUACCUCUCGACGCACACGUCUUCUCACUCGCUCUCAAAUCGUGCGCUGCAGCUUUCCGUCCUGUUCUCGGAGGAUCAGUCCAUGCCCACUCCGUAAAAUCUAAUUUUUUGUCAAACCCAUUUGUGGGAUGCGCUCUACUCGAUAUGUAUGGUAAAUGCUUGUCUGUUUCUCAUGCUCGUAAACUGUUCGACGAAAUUCCUGAGAGGAAUGCUGUUGUGUGGAACGCGAUGAUUUCGCAUUACACACAUUGUGGGAAGAUUCAAGAAGCGGUUGAGCUGUAUGAAUCUAUGGAUGUUAUGCCAAAUGAGUCUUCUUUCAAUGCUAUCAUAAAGGGUUUUGUUGGUACAGAAGAUGGGUCUUAUAAAGCUAUUGAAUUCUAUAGGAAGAUGAUAGAUUUUAGAUUCAAGCCUAAUUUGAUUACGCUUCUUGCGUUAGUUUCCGCUUGCUCAGCCAUUGGGGCUUUUCGUUUAAUAAAAGAGAUUCAUUCAUAUGCUUUUAGGAAUCUGAUUGAGCCGCAUCCGCAAUUGAAAAGCGGGUUAGUAGAGGCGUAUGGGCGGUGUGGAUGUAUUGUCUAUGUGCAAUUGGUGUUUGAGAGCAUGGCCGAUAGAGAUGUGGUUGCUUGGAGUAGCUUGAUAUCCGCUUAUGCACUUCACGGUGACGCGAAAUCCGCUCUCAGAACAUUUCAAGAAAUGGAAUCGGCGAAAGUAACACCUGAUGACAUUGCGUUUCUGAACGUGUUAAAGGCUUGUAGUCACGCUGGUUUAGCCGAUGAGGCUCUUGUUUACUUCAAGAGAAUGCAGGGAGAUUACGGUUUGCGUGCAAGCAGGGACCAUUACUCGUGUUUGGUGGAUGUCUUAAGCAGAGUAGGGAGGUUUGAAGAAGCUUACAAAGUGAUUCAAGCUAUGCCUGAGAAGCCAACGGCUAAGACAUGGGGGGCUUUGCUUGGAGCUUGUAGGAACUACGGCGAGGUUGAGCUCGCAGAGAUUGCUGCGAAGGAGUUGUGGAAGAUAGAGCCAGAGAAUCCGGCGAAUUAUGUGUUGCUGGGGAAGAUAUAUAUGAGUGUUGGAAGACAAGAAGAGGCAGAGAGACUUAGAUUGAAGAUGAAGGAGAGUGGAGUGAAGGUUUCACCUGGUAGUAGUUGGUGUUUGUUCAAAGAUUGACAUAUUACUAUGCUCAUGAAAUUUUUGUAAGCUCAUACACAUUUUGAAAUCAAGAUACUAGAUUAUU